AUGUUCUUCUUCUACUCUCUUCUUGUUGCCAUCCUAGCCUCUCUGCUCGAUCUCACGGCCGCCGCCGACAAUUACGAUCAAUGCUACUUCGGUGCCGGCUAUGUCGGCCCCCAGUCCCUGCUUCCCUGUCUGCCUGCCAACGACACCGAGAACGGCUAUAGCUGGUGUUGCAUGGCCGGUCAGAACUGCGUCAACCAGGCCUGUUACGAUGCAAAGAGCGGCAUGACGUACCAGUAUGGCUGCAACGACCCCACGUACAAGGACAAGAACUGUCCCAUUAAAGGUGGCCUUGAUAGAGGUAGCGACUAA